AUGAAAGGGUUUUGCUAUUAAGUUACUUUGUAAAUAAGUAAAGUAGAAUUAUCAAUCAAGUUUCCUUGUACAUUAUAAGUAAUGUGGAAACGUGGUCAAAAUAAAUGUUUAACAAAAGCUAAAGAGAAAAUUAAAAAUAUUUUUGUUGUGAAUGAAAGCUUUACAUUAGAAUUUAAUAUUGGAGAUAAUAUUCCAAAAAAGACAUUUUUAGUUGUUUUACUUAAUGUUUAAGGUCAAUCAAAAUUAGCUGGAGUUGUUAAUUUUGAUAUUAAUGAAACUAUGGCAAAGGAAGGAUAAUGUUCCUUAAAUUUAGAUAAAAGUCCUGAUUCAAAUGCUAAAAUAUUCUUUUCAUAUUAAAUUAUAAAUUUGGGUGAAACAUAUUUUACAGAGAGUAGAAUCAAUGAAUCAUUUAAUCAUAAAUCUUUGGGUGAAUCAUUUGGUUUAGAUAAAGAAAAUUAAAAUUCUAAAUUGAAUUCAUUAAAAAUAUCUAAUUAUGAUAAUUAAUUGAAUAAAGAAUUAUAUGAGAAAAGUCUUAAAGAUCUUGAUUAAUCUAAAUUGAAAAUUUCUAAUCUUUAAGAUUAAAUCAAUAAAUUUUAUGAGGAUAAAUAAUAAUUAUUAGAUGAAAUUAAGUCUCUUAAAUAAAAUAAUUUAGAAUUGAAAAAUGAGAAUGAAUAUUUAGAGAAAUAAAAUGAAAAUUAAAAAUAAGAAUUAUAAUAAUCAAAAGAGAAUGGAUAUAUAAUAAAUUAAUAAACAGUAAAAUUGGAAUAAAUGAAUCAUGAAAUUUAAAAUUAAAAACUUUAAUAUCAAAUUCUUUAGAAUAAAUAUUAGUAAUGUAUGUAAAAACUAAAAUCUUUGGAAGAAUAAAAUGAAUUUAAUAAAUUCAAUAAAGUGGAUAGAUCUACUAAUACAAUUGUUGUAGAGAUUCCAGAAUUUAUUUAACAGAAUUAAACUAUUAAAUAAUUAGAUGAAUAAAUAAUAGACUAUAAGAGAAAAAAUGAUAAACUAUUAUUUGAACUAGAAUUUACUUAAAAUAAACUCAAUACUAUUGAAUAAGAUUUAUCUUCAUUAUAAGUAUAAUUCCUUAGUUUAUAAAAAUAAUUAUCAAAUUAGAAAGAUUAAUGUAAUUAUUUAGAGAUUGAUAAUUAAAAAUUAAGAAUAUCAAUUAAGGAAUAUGAAGAAGAUAAAAUAUAAAAAGAACGAAAUAAUAUAAAGAUAUAGAAUGAUCUUUAAAAAUAGAAUUAAAAUCUUAAGGAAUAGUUACAAUAAAAUCAAGAUUAAGUACAUAUAUUUAUAUUUUAUAUAGUUUGAAUAAAUGAAAGAAAAGUAUUUCUUAUAGAAAGAAAAAAUAGAGAAAUUAAAUGAUGUAAUUAAUUAACAAAAUGAAGAACUUACUAUAUAAAGUGUGAAUUUAUUAAGAGAGAUAUAAAUAAUAGCAAAGAAAUAAGAAUAAUUUGGAAUAGUUUGA